AUGGCUACACACAAAAGGAGCUCCGAGCGCAGAAGCUCCGGUGACGACCGUUCCCUUCGGUUGCAGGCGCGGCCGCUGUGCCUGUUCUACUUCACGCACCCGUUCGGCGUGCUGUCGCCCGAGCCGCCCGUGCUGGCCGCGGCGCCCGCGCACGUCGCCCGCGCCUUCCUCAACAUGCAGCCCGUGUCGCCCUUCUUCUGGAGCUCCACCGACGAGUACAACACGAACACCACCGCCACCUCGGACGUCAGCAGUGCUGUCCCUACACGUCUGAAUUACGACCUCGGGAACACUACCGUUCAUAAAAACCCAGUAAACAUAGUGAGCAUGGCCCGGACUAGGAAGUGCACUAUAGACCUCAGCCCGGCUCGCGAUGCGAUCUCCUCCUCGUUGUUUUCCAACGACAUGUGGUUCAGCUCCGGCUCGAGCUCCCGCAGCCACGAGUGCACGCGGCGGGUGAUCCCCUACCACCGCAUCCUGCCGCCGCUACAGCUGCCGCCGCCGAGAGACUCUUCGCUGGAUAGUUCUGACGAUGCGUGGCCUAGCAAGUGUAUAAACCCUGAAAAGAUUUUUUUACCGCCUAUCGAAUUGCCAGUGUGUAAACGAAGUUCGGACGUGGUGACUAAAAAAUGCAGACCUCUGAGUGUAGUGUCUAGUACAGAGAGCAGUGUCCGGGAGAGGUACCGGCGGAGGCUGGGUGUCGUCAAGACCAAGAGGAAGCUGCGGCUGAGUGGUGUGCGGCGGCUGGUGGCUUGUCUGGCGCGACGCACACUCGGAGGUCCCUGCGGCCCGCCGCGACUGCAGGACGCGCUGGCCGUGCUCCGCGACGCCUGGCCCGAGCCGGCAUACCGCGAGGAAUGUAAAUAUUUUCGUGGCAUUGUAUUUGACGCCCGCGGCUGGCGGCGCCGCCGGCACUCGCCGCGGCAGUCGCGCGCGGCUCCGCGUCGCGAGCACGCGCGCUGGCUAUGUCCCGCCGCGGUCUCACGAGACACUCCAAUAGCUUCAGCAGAUAAUGGUGCGGUUUAUAUGACACUCGCCUCAAAUAUUGAGAGUCGUGCAGUUACUCGAAAUACGGAGAACCGCGACAGCGAGCAGUCGCGACGCGCGGCCGACCAGCGCGCGAGCGCACGCGGCAUGCUGACGCAGGCGCAGCUCGCGGAGAUGGCGCCGCGCGGUGGGGCGUCGCCGGGGCUGCUGCGCCGCCGCUACUCCGUGCCGGAGACCAUCAUGAGGAAAUACCGACUAGCGCAGCAGCGUUCUGAAUCAGAAGAAGCCGGUGGAGCGACCAGUGCAUCUCCAGUGUCCGCCUCGCCGCCCUCGUGCGAGUCGCCGCGUUCGCCGCGGCGGGACCGCGAGCUCAUGCGGAAGUCUGCCUUGUUGCGCCGCAUGUGGGGACGGCCGCAAAACGCCUGCUGCUGCAGCGACGUGUGCGAGCAGUACUGCGGUCGAGAGACGCGCUCCCUCGACACCUCGCGCUCUGAACUGAGGCCGUUAUCUUGCUCUAGUGGGCUGGGUUCGCGGCAUUCACAUGUUGCUCCGCCGGCACCUUCUGGCUGGGCUACCCCUAAGCGGCAGCGGCUCGAUUCUUCGCGUGAUUCCCGUGGUAGUGACGAGAUGCUACGCACAGCAAUGAGGAACAGUUAUGAUCGUGCAGAGGAGUUACGCUGUGAUCAGUCCAAACAAAACCUAUCCGACUCUACUAGAUCAUAUGGACGCGGAGUAUCCUCUUACAGAGAGUCCAUGACAGAGGCCUUCAUGGAUAGUGAUGAUUUCAUAGCGGAUAGUAGUGAACAAAAUCGUGCAUACGAUUCACACAUAUUAAUAUUAGAUUCCUCUACUUUGGAGAUGGAUUCUAGUUCAGAAAAUCGCAGAACUCUAGAAAAUGGAAAUAACCAUUCACAAACAAUAACCGAUGAUCAUUCAUUGACUGAUACGUCAGAAUCUAUGUCGGCAUCGAUGCCAACUACCAAAGAAAACCAAGCUUAUACAGGAAAUAGAGUUUUGAAACAAAUUUCUAGCAGUGCACACAUAGAAGGGCGAAUCAGUGAGAGAUCAGUCGGCGUUGAAAAUGAUGACACCAAUCUGUUGACUUAUGAAACGCCAUUGGCUGUAGAUACCCCGCCAUAUGAACUUUUGGAAAUUGUUGUUGCCGAAUCUGUUAAUCCGAAUUCAAUACAAAAUAGUAAAAACUCCGAGCUGAAUAAUACGAGUGUUGAAACUAUUAAAUCCCCGAUCAGUAAUCACUGGAAAAAGAUGCAGAAUAUUAAUAUAGACGAAUACGUUUCAAACAUUUUAGUGGAAAGUCUUAAUUCACUGACAGAUCAAAUCGAAUAUAUGAACGCUUCUAUUGGUGACGAUCGCAAAGUUAGCAUAGUUGAAAAGGAAAUAAAAGUGAAACUACAGAAUACUGGUGUAAAUACCAUAGUACACUUGAGCCCCAUGUCAAACAAUCAAAUUAUAUUCGGAAACGAGGAGCUUUGUAAUAAUUACAAUAGUAAAGAUAGUUGCAACAAUCCCCACGACAGUGUUACCAUUCGCGAGGAGCCGCACAGUGCCGAGUCGAACAACAACCCUCCUUCCCCGCAUUCGCUUCAAGAAGAUGCCGUCUUCAGCGUCGUCCACAACGACAAUGUUAAUCGCGCUGUGUUACAGCAGAUUCAGAAGUUAUUUCAGGAUGAACUUAACAGCUUCGACAAUGGCACCCACUACACCAAUAACGCUGUGCCUGGUAUAUCCCAUAUAGAAAUAUCUAAUGUUGACGUGUUCAUUGACAAUGAUAUGGUUUCCGCUACAGAUACUGCUGAAGCUGAAGCAAUAGACCUCGGAGAAGUAAUCAGUGGGGUAGGCGCCGGCAACUAUUUCCCAGAUGGAGAUGACAGUGCAAUGGUUCCUCGUUUCUCUGCGAUGCCGCACACGGACUCAAUGGAAGUUAAUACGUCGUCUUCUGACGACCCCGAUAACAUCGGGUCUGAUUGUACUAGUCUCGUUGACAGCUUAGAUGACCCAAACUCCCCGCGAUCUGUAUUUUUACGCAAAUCGUUCAAUAAUAGCAAGAGAAACGAACUUGUACGAUCAGCUAUCGACGUUUUGGACUUGCUUCCGGAAAAUUCUUACAAUAAUUACGCAUCUCAACCGAAAGAUAAGGGAGAAGCUUUUUUUAUACGAAUAAAGGAUAAUAACUUAGACUGCGAGAAAGAAAACAUAAUAGUUGCCGAUCAUAUGCCAGAAAAAAUAAAACAAAGGCUAUAUCGAAGACAGCGUAAAAGAGAAAUGCGCAUGGAAUGCGCACGCCGAAGUAAAGUAAAGCAAAUAAAGAAAGAGAUAGAAAAACAGGCGGGCAAAAAUGUAGCGCGAAGCAGGGAAGUGGAGCGGGAGUGUCUCGCACUCAUCAACGCGCUCAUCGAUGACGUCAUUGUUAAGAUCGUACAUGACGAGUAUAAGUGCACGCGGAUCAGGCAGAAGAGCAACAGAAUGGUGGUUUCAAAAUCCGAUGAAAAUAUAUCCAGAAGAAAUUGGAAUAAAGAUGUAGAUUAUAACCAAAAAGCGUCUAAAAUAAAAAACAGUUCUUCUUCAUCUGGAGCGAUGCGAACGAAUAUGGGUAGAAAAUUCCAUAAUCCCGAAAGACAACAGAUACACGGUAAGCUAUCAUUAUUGGAUCAUCCGCCGCUAAGUCCAAGCACUAGCGGGCCACGAAGGAUUUACCAGAAGUCUGAAAUACACGAUGGUAAUAAAUGUAUCGAGAUUUUAGAAAUAUUAGAAUAUGUAAAUAGUUCUCAAUCGCAAAGCUCUCCUGAUAUUACAAAUUCUGAUGAAAACCAAUUCUGUACUACGAGACACAAGAAAUCACGAAUUCCCAUUCCGAUCUACGAAAAAUUACAAAAAAUAUCUACUGAAUCUUCAAAGACACAAAGAUCUAGCUUAUCCAAAAGAACGUCCACACCGCAGAGAGGAGACAGCAAGUCUACUCAGAUGCUGACCGAUAUGCUGCUUAAAGUGCUGACUGACGGAGACUGUGAGGCUCCCGAAGUCGGCGAUCCGCCAACACGCCGCGCCUCUGUGCCGGCCUACGAGCCACGCUCUCGCUCCAACUCCUUGAGGUUCAAGCAGGUCUUUGAUAUCAUCCCUGAGGAGCGCAGCAGCCUCAGCGUGGACUCCGGUACCGAGGAUGUCGCUUACAACCGUCGCUCGUCCGCGCCCAGCGUCGCUGAUACUGUGAAAGUUAUGCAAGAUGAUCACAAUGUCCGACAAAAUAUUCAAAACGAACAGAAUGACAUCUCAGAAACGAGAAGAACAUCGAUCGUUCAAGAUUACUCGAGGAAACCGAAAGAAACGCGGAGCGCCGGAACUUCCCCUUUGUACGACGUAGAGAAGAAGAAAAAUAAUCAACUGACCAUGACUUCACCCAGUCGAAAGUCAGCAGCGACUAGCCCUAUUAGAAUAUCUUCCGCAAAGAACCAAAAGCAGACGAGCCUCAAUCCGACGUCAUCGUCGCAAACAACCGCGUUGAGCGGCACCGGCGGCGCUGCGAGCACGGGCGGCGCGAGCGGCAAGCGCGGGCUGGCGUCGCGCGGCCGCGGCUGGCUCGGCUUCGCGCGCCCCGCCUGCAGGCUGCCCGACGAAGGUAUCGCGCUCGCUUGUGCACCGCCCCCGCCCCCGCUGCACCUUCGCACCUCCUCCGUGCCCGUAGAAUAUUGGUUUUAUUUAUCCGAAGGUCCCAAAGAGAUAAACGUCGAGACAGACACGACUAGAGAACGGCGAUGUACGCCUGUGUGCGAACGCGUUGUCGAGACCCAAAGAACCGUCCGCACCAUACAAACCGAGAUGGUCGACCCGAUAAUAGUCGGUAGAGAUAAACGCCAUGAAAAGUCUAAGACUCGAAAAAGGAUUGAAGGUUACAAUACUGAUGAUAAAACAAAGAAACGCGUUAACCGGACUAAAUGUGAGACUCGGCAGAGAGACAAGAGCACAACGACGGCGGGAGGAGAGACGGAUGUCAAGGAGAGCACGAAGAGCCGCGCGGGCGGCAGCGCGGAGGCGGGCGUGCGGCUGCCCGAGUGCGUGCGCUCGCGCAGCUCCAGCGACAGCGAGUCGGGCGGCAGCCUGCUGUGCUCGCUGGCGCCCAAGUGGCUGUCGGCGCCGGCGCGACGCCGGCACGCCGCGCAGCGAGCCGACCGGCGGGACGUGCCAUCCUCACCAACGGAUCCUUCCAUCGACGCCGGUGGAUGGUCUGUGACUGUGGCGGGGUCGUGUCGCGCCGCACUACCCGCCGACGUAGAGAUGCGGCUGCACUUCCCUCCAGACCAACUGCCGCCCCCGCCCCUCCCACCGCACCCCACGCUGCCUCGCGCUGAGCUACAUAGAACUGAAGCUCACCAGUUCACUCAGGAGGAGUGGAGCUGCGUGUCGCGGCGGUGCCCGCAGUGCGCGUGCGCGUGUUGCGCCGGCCCCGACCCCGCGCCCCGCCGCCCGCAGCCGCUGCCGCCCGCUCCCGCCCUCUCCUCGCCACACAACGCCGAAGGCCGCCUUACGCUCACCAUGAAAAAAGAGGCAUUAGGAUCUUCCGUUCUUGCUCGCAAGACUGCGAAGAAAUCCUCGGAGCCGCUGCCCGAGCUGGAGGCGUUCACGUCCACGCGCAGCAAGCUCAGGAGCUCCGUUAAGACGCGGCGGGGGUGCUCCCUGCACUGCUGGCUGCCCGACGACGAGCCCGCGCUCCUCAGGACGAAUAACGGUCUGUCAGUGUUGGGCAGCGCCAUCAUCCCGGAGCUGAAGCCGCGCGUGCGCACCAUGAGCGAGCGCGACCUCACGCGCCACUACACGCCGCGACACUACCUGCGUUGUUGACGCCUGGCCGUUGUCCGCCGCUACAUUGCAA